UCCUUAAAGUGUGUGGGAAGCAGAGCUAACAACAAAAGGUUACCUAACAGCAGGACGACCCACUGUGAUGUAAUCCUUGUGUGAACUCGAAGGAUGUUUGUUUCUCAUCUCAAUGAUAAGAAGAGAAACAAACGUCCCCUCUGCUGCUUCACGUCAACAACAACACAGAGGGACAGAUCACUUCCCACAGCCACAGCUCUGUUAGCUUCAUUCAUCUCUGAGUGUCUCUGGAGGAGGAUCAGCGCUCACCAUGAAGUACAGGAUGAAGGUGAUGUACCUGGAGAUCGGCUGCUUCGUGUCCUGCCUGUGUGGAUGGAUGCUGGUGUGUUCCACUCUUCCCACAGAGUACUGGAGCUAUUCUGAUAGUCUCACUGUGCUGACCACCUCCAACUUCUACUCCAACCUGUGGAGGGACUGCGUCUCCGAUGACACGGGGGUGUCCGACUGCAAGGAUUACCCCUCCAUGUUGGCGCUGCCAGCGUACCUCCACGCCUGCAGAGCGCUGGCCAUCUGCGCCGUCAUCACCGGCUUCUUCGGAGGCGUCCUCACGCUGAUAGGGAUGAAAUGCACCAAAAUAGGAGGCUCAGAGAUCGUCAACGCCAGGGUGACGUUUGCUGGAGGGAUAACCUACCUGGUGUCAGGAUUCUGUGGUAUGAUCACCUACUCGUGGUGGGCCAACAGAAUCAUCACUGAGUUUGUGGAUCCAAAUUUUGUGUCACAGAAAUAUGAACUUGGAGCUGCUCUUUUCGUCGGCUGGGGAGGUUCCAUCCUGCUCAUCGCAGGAGGGACGGUGUUGACGACCUUCGCUGGAAAAGAAGGUCUACCAUCAAGCUCAUCAGAUCGGCCACGGAGGCCGAUUUCUUUCGCCACUGCCAGAACCAGACGGACCUACGUGCUGCCGACCUCAUCCUCUAGAGUGACUCUGGUGCCACCGCUGUUCUAUGAAGGCAGGAAGAGCCGAGCAACCAGAGCGACAACGAAGACCGGUCGAACCUUCAGUGGGGACAGGUUCGUCUGAGCUGGACCGGAACUCAGAGCUGAGGGACUGACAUUUCUGGGACACAUGUUGACUUGCUCUCUGACCGAGAUUGGUACCACUGUCAUGUCAAUAUGGAGUUGAUUAGCUUAGCUUAGCAUAAAUACUGAAACGUACGGGUCUAACAGUAUGUGGAAACAGUUAAAUUGACUGUCAGAUGGCUUUUCUUUCCUUUGUUUCUGGUCUUAAUGCUAAGCUAUGCUAACUAUCAACUGCAGGGGUGUCAAACGUAAGGCCCAUGGGCCAAAACCGGCCCGUCAGAGGGUCCAAUCCGGCCCAAGGGACGACAACGCAAAGUAUAAAAAUGACCGAGGUGAAAAUGAAUCCCUACUGUGAAACACUGUGUUGUAUAAUGUCAGUCAGCACUGAGUUCUGUUUGGUGGAACCCUAUUUCUCAUGCACUGCUACAACUUAUACACAUUUUUUAUGUACAAAUUUAUGCAUUUACAAGGUAGGGGAACAACUUGACCUUUUCCUCAGCAGUUCCCACUUUAGUUUGUGUCGUGUCAGGAUGACUACUACGUGGAAAUGAAUGUAAAUUUAAUGUGAUUUCUACAUCUUGACAAGUUGUAAAAUAUUCUAUUGUUCAGUUCCAGAUACCUGCGACUAAAUGUUUUGAGCCACUGUCUCCGUUUUCGUGCUUGUUUGUCAUCUUGUGAUUGUAAUGCUGCUCUGUAAUUGUUUUACGUGUCUUUGCUGUGAUUUUCUGCAUCAUUGUGGUUGUUUUCUGUCUUCUUGUGGUUGUUUUCUGUCUCUUUGUGGUUGUUUUCUGUCUCUUUGUGGUUGUUUUCUGUCUUCUUGUGGUUGUUUUCUGUCUCUUUGUGGUUGUUUUGUGUCUUCUUGUAGUUGUUUUCUGUCUUCUUGUGGUUGUUUUCUGUCUCUGUGGUUGUUUUCUGUCUUCUUGUGGUUGUUUUCUGUCUCUUUGUGGUUGUUUUCUGUCUUCUUGUAGUUGUUUUCUGUCUCUUUGUGGUUGUUUUCUGUCUCUUUGUGGUUAGACACACUGUGAUCUGUAAGUUUUCAUGUGUAAAUGAUAAACUGAGGCGUAAUGUUGUGAAAAUUUCACUUAUUUUUCUAAAGAAACUUCAGGUUGUUCAUAAUGCUCUGUCAAAAGAUAAUUCAUUGAAGGUGAAAAUUUUAAGAUUGUACUUUUUUGAAAUAAAACAAAGGGGAAAAUU